UCACAGGGCGGGGAGCUACAGGCAGGCAGGCAGGCAGGCAGGAGCAUAAGAUAAAUAUCGAUCGAGAGUAAUUAGUUACUGUGAGAUAAAUAAACUGAUGAAAAAGAUGGAUGAGACGGACCUGAUUCUUCAUCGCGUCUGGCCUGUUCCAUCUUCUUGGCCAAGUAGUAGGAAGCAGGAUCAGGCGACGAGACAUCGUCCUCUUGGCUCCACGCAACCACCUUCUUCCUCUUCUUCUCCAACGGACCGUCUCGUGUGCUUCCAUAAGCCGCCAUGCUCCUUUUCUUGUUGGAUCGCCUCCAACUGACCCGAUCGAGGAAUCAACCUAUCCUCUCGCAAUCGCGCCGCCGCCGCCGUCGCCGCCGCUGGGGAUUUACUCGUCCGGGUUUUUUACUCUCGGGGAGGGAUUUUUUCGUCGAGUAUUGUUCCCCUCCUUGGAGGCGUUGCCAAGGUGCGUCGGCAUCUCAUCCUUAAAUUUGUGCUGGGCUGUUGACUUUGGACAAAAUUCUAAACCUAGUUCUGGAUCGGCGAUAGUGGUGUUCUCGACGUCGUCCCUCUAUAGGGAGCAUCUUGUACGGAGACACAGCAAUUGGAGGUCAUGUGUUGCGUUCCUUCGAUGCUCGUUCUGUCCUAGGUUGAUCUUCAGGGGGGCAGUAUGUACACCGGUGUUGGUGCCUUCGAUGCCUUUCUCGAGAUCGAGCCGCUUCCGCCACCUACUCGCUGACCUCUCGUAGGCAGACAUUAAUGGGUGGAUGGUGCAUGGAUAAGGGAAGUCUCGUUGGCAUUUUGUCUCAUGGUGACCAACUGCUGGUCAAAACACGGCUUCGUCUCUCAGUUCAGGGUGGGCCCCCUUGUGUUGUGGUUGUAAUGUGUGUGGUGGCUUGUCUCCGAACUUGCCCUGGUGUGGAGAAAGUGCAUUAAUUUUCAAGAAAUUCAUGGAUUUGUUUUAUUUUAAAUUUGGAAAACGUUCAUGAAUUUUCAAAAAGUUUACAAAUUUGAAAAAAGUUGAUGAAUUUUAAAAAGCUCACGAAUUUUGUUUUAUUUACAGAUUUGAAAAAAAAUUCAUGAAUAUGGAAAAAAAUCAUUAAUUUCAAGAAAAUUAUAAUCUGAAAUAAAACGUUUGCGCAUUUGAAAAAGUUAACACAUUUGAAAAAAGUCCGCGUUUAAAAUGCUGACAAGAAAAUGAGAAAGAAAAACGAAAAUGAAAGUUAAUAAGGAAAAAUAAAAUAAAAAACCGGAAGGAAAACCGGACGGGGAGAAGCUUGCCAAAACCCGGUUGCACCAGCGUGCAGGCUGCGAGCAAAAGAGAGAAAAACAAUAAAUGGGCCAAGCCCAGAACAGAGGAGGGUGGUCACAGUCACAGCCGGCGGCGCCAUUGGAGGAUCUGCCACCACGACCACAUUCGUUCGGAUCAGUUGGAGUCGGUUGGUGGACUGUUGGAGAGAAGAAGAAGGCGGCGGCGCGAUUGCUAGAGGAGGAUCGGUUGGUUUCUAGGUCAUCCAAGAAAGAGGAUGAGUGCGGCGGGUGGGGAGAGAUCCGACAACAGAAGAACCAUGACGGCCGAUCCGACCAGCCAAGACGAUCCCUUGGCCUUGCCGGAGAAGAAGAAGAAGAAGGUGAGUGUGCGGAGAGACGAGGCAUCGUUGCCUGAUCCAGACGCGUGGAUUCUCAGCGAUGCCGACUUGGCCAGGAUGGAACGCGACCAGAAAUCAGCUCCCCCGCCUGUGAAAAUCCCUACGCUCGACUACUUCAAACCCCCGACCAGGUUUCACACCGCCGAGGUCUUUGCCGUCCGUGAUUCAAGCGAGGCCGCGCUCUCUGCUGCCAAAUUUCUCCUAGGGGUUUCAUCCUCUCUUGAUGGUGAACCGCUGAGACGCUGCUCCGGCUUCUGGGUCGAUUGGGAUGAGGACAAGAAAACCGGCCUUGUUUUGACAACCGCGCGUCUGAUUCGCACAAAGGACUCUCCUGACAGCAGCUGGUCAGGUGGCGAAGAGUAUGCUCCUCGUGCUGAUGUCACUGUUCAUUUGCUAAAUGGCACCAGUGCAAAGGGCAAUCUGGUCUACUAUCAGCCUCAUUACGAUAUCGCUUUCUUGAAUGUUGAGGUGGGCCAACCAAUCAAGUUACCAUCCUUUCGUGAAGAAGAUGUAAAAUUUGCUCAAGAUGUUUUUCGGCUCGGAAGAGACGAUUCCUUAAAUCUAAGGAUAACAUAUGCUAGGGCAGAAUAUAAGAAUCCAAACAUGUACCGGCGGUACCACAAUGCGCACUUCCGAUCUCCAGAUGACCAUGGUGAUGAUAAUGAGUAUGACAAUGGAGGCCUAGUCAUUGACUUGAAUGAAAACGUUGUCGGAAUGGUCAACCUCCCUAAGAGAUUUGGGUCUUUUAUACCUUCUUCCAUUUUGCUCAACUGUUUGGAUUCAUGGAAGAAAUAUCGGUGCAUCGCCCGGCCCCAUCUUGGGAUGAUGUUUCAAGCCAUCAAGCUUCUAGAACCUGCUCAUGUUGACAUGUUAUGGCGUAUGUAUAACAUUGAUCAUGGUCUUAUUGUUCAAGAGGAAUGUAAUGGCUUCUUGAAGGUGUCGAAAGGAUCUAAUGCUGAGAUACUCGGAAUCCAAAAAGGUGAUGCUAUUGAAUCUAUCAAUGGAAAACCUGUUUCUACCACAAUCGAGUUGGAAAAUACGCUGAUGAUCACAUGCAAGGGCACUUCAGGUGCUGAAGUUCAUAUUUCUGUUGGGGUGUUUCACACACUCAAAAAACAACGAAGCACCAUACAGUGGACUGCAGAAUUAUCAGAACUUGGAGAAGUUCUUACAAGCUAGAUAAUUAUUAUCCAGACAUAAUGCUAGCACUAAGUCUGUAAGCUUAUGUCACACUCUUACAUGACACCCAUGUGAUGUUCAAAAUAUCAUAGCACACCAUAAAGUCCUACAGACUCUUGAACCGGCUGCCAGAAGAGGGAUGCGAGAAAAUGCCAGAAAAGGGAUGUUUCUGUAGAGCUGUGAUGGAUAUUUACCUGUGACCAUAUGUUGUACAGUAAUACUCUAGAUAUAUUAGAAAUAACAUCUUUAGUUGAAGUUAGUGCCAAAGUAGCAGCCCGUUGUGAGAUUAUCUGUUCUGCUAAAAGAAAUGCAGUACAACAUAUUGAAACCCCUCUUUAUUGAGUAUUCCAUGUGUCAAAUAGUUAA